AUGAACGAUUGUCCCCGGACGAAAAACAGGAAGAUGGGUUCUGAAGUCAAGGACGAGGGGACAUUGGAAGCCGUUAAAUCAGUCACCCUUACCCAAGACAGUGAUGGGAGCAUUAUUCUACACUGUUCUCCCAAUGAUGAAGAUUCAGAGCCUCUUCAGAAAAAACUUUGCCUCGCCACUGAACAAGAUGAUGCUCAAAAUUUCUCUGUAGUUUCUUUACCAACAGUGUCAGAGGACAGUGAUAGUUUUGAAGUGACAAUGGAAGCAACCUCAGAGGCAGAUGUGUCUGAUGAUGGUGUCGCUCACGUCCAGAUCUUGCAUGCAGAUGAAAACUCUGUACAGGGGUCUGAUAUUUCACCUGUCAGUCAGGCUUGGUUUACCACCAAAGAAGAUAAAGACUCAUUAUCUAAUAAAGGUCACAAGUGGAAGCAGGGCAUGUGGUCCAAAGAGGAGAUUGACAUUCUGAUGAGUAACAUUGAACGUUAUGUGAAGAACCGGGGGAUUGAAAGUGCAGCUGAUAUCAUCUUUAAUAUGUCUAAAGAAGAAAGAAAAGACUUUUAUCGCUCUGUGGCGUGGGGUCUAAAGCGACCAUUGUUUGCGGUGUACAGACGGGUUUUACGGAUGUAUGACAACCGCAAUCACGUUGGGAAGUUAGUACCUUCAACCAUUAAAUAUAAGCCUGAAGAAAUUGAGAAGCUUAAAACGCUUAAACAGAAGCAUGGAAAUGACUGGGCCACAAUUGGUGCUGCCUUGGGUCGCAGUGCCUCUUCAGUGAAAGACCGCUGUAGAUUGAUGAAGGACACCUGCAACACAGGUAAAUGGACAGAAGAAGAGGAAAGACGUCUUGCAGAGGUUGUGUACGACAUGGCAGGCGUGACACCGGGCUCUGCGGUCACUGGAGGAGUCUCUUGGGCAAUCGUUGCCGAAAAAGUCCGAACACGCUCAGAGAAACAGUGUCGGUCAAAGUGGUUAAACUAUUUGAACUGGAAACACAGCGGAGGGACAGAGUGGACGAAAGAAGACGACCAAAACCUAAUACAAAGAAUAUCAGAAUUGGAAGUAGAGGACGAAAAUGAGAUAAAGUGGGAAGACCUGGCUGGAGGGUGGAGUAGUGUCCGGUCGCCUCAGUGGCUCCGAUCCAAGUGGUGGAGCAUAAAGAGACAAGUCACGAAUCACAAGGACAUCCCCUUCAGUGUUCUUCUCAAAGGUCUUCAGGAGCUGACCGCAUCUUCACACAGCACGUCUGGUUCUGCGAGUCCUUCGUCGUCAUCAUCAUCGCUGCAGAUCCGACUUGCUCGAGUGGAGGAGAGCAACAACAGUUCUUCGCCAAACUCUGUGGCUGCCCUUCAGAUUCCUGUGCAAAUACCUCUGCAGAUUACACACCUUGCCUCUGAUUCUUCAGCAGCCACAUCUGACACUGGAACCAUCACCUUGAACACAGGAGCACUGCAAACAUUUGAGAUUUUACCAUCUUUCCAACUACAGCCAACAGGCACACCUGGGACUUACUACCUCCAGACCACAUCCAAUCAGGGACUUCCACUCAGCCUGGCCACCAAUCAGAGCCUUCCUCUUAGUUUAACCAAUAACAGCACAGUAACGUUGACCAGCUCCUCGUCCCCUUCUCACGAACACAUUAUCCUCCACAGCCUCUCGACGGACGCACUUUGCUCAAGUGACGGAGUUAUUAUUCACACAGUCACUUCUGACCAAGCCUCCUUGGACACGGUCAGCCAAUCACAGCUGGUUGUGGAGGCAGAAGACAGUAGGCAGGACCAUCUCGAUACCUCUAGUCUACUAAACUCUGCUCAAAGCGUAUCCACAGAAAGCCAGGAAGCAUCCAGGGAGGUCACUCACUCACCUGAAGAGCGGGAACAGUUCCACACAGAUAGUUUUGGUGAAAAGAAGGUAGACCAGACAUCGGUGGAGAAUUCAGAGAUAAUAUCUGGCAACACAGUCCUCAUAGUGUCUCCUCAUAACAUCAGCAGUACAUUAACAGAUCCAAUCCUGGAAAACCAAGAAGGCUCAGACUGA